GAGGGCGAGUUUGUAGAGUGGCAGCUGGAGGCUCACUGACUUAAACCUUCCAGCAAAUCCCUUUAGCCGCGAGUUGACAUGGCCUGAGUGAUCUCUGCGGGAAGUUUCAGGGAAGCCAACAGGUGGACGAGGCUGCGGGGAAUGACGCGUGGACGAGCGUGAGCGCCUCCACACUCUCUCGGGCCGACGGCAAACUUCCCAGCCCCCCCUCCCCGCCGUGUCAGGGUGGCCAGGCAGGUAAAAGCGGUCAGCGCUCACUGUCAAACAAUCUAACCCGCUCCGCGGCUCCGCCGGCUAGCUGCCUGCGGCCGCCGCGUUUAUCGGAAGGUGCGCCACCGGGAGCCGGACUGGGAGAAACCUGCGCAACUCCUCCACACGGGACUGGAUCGCCGCAGGUCAGGUGCCACCAUGGAUGACAGCAGCCUUAGCGACUCCAACGUGAAGGUCGCGGUGCGGGUGCGACCCAUGAACAGGAGAGAAAAAAACCUGAAGACAAAAUGUGUGGUGGAGAUGGAGGGGAACCAGACCGUUCUGCAUCCAGCCAUCAGCAACGUGAACAAAGGAGACCCCAGGAGCCAGCCAAAGGCGUUUGCCUAUGACUACUGUUUCUGGUCCAUGGAUGAAUCCCAGACGGACAAGUUUGCAGGUCAAGAUGUGGUGUUCCAGUGCCUUGGAGAGAGCCUGCUGGACAAUGCUUUCAUGGGCUACAACGCCUGCAUCUUCGCUUACGGACAGACAGGUUCAGGCAAGUCUUACACCAUGAUGGGCUCGGCAGAGCACCCUGGUCUGAUCCCCCGUCUCUGCAGCUCCUUGUUCAGCAGGACGGUGCAGGAGGCCCGAGAGGGAGAGACCUUCACCGUGGAGGUCUCCUACAUGGAGAUUUAUAACGAGAAGGUCCGAGACCUGCUCGACCCCAAAGGGAGUCGCCAAGCGCUGAGAGUGAGGGAGCAUAAUGUUUUCGGUCCGUACGUUGACGGCCUGUCCCGCCUGGCCGUGGCCUGCUAUAAGGACAUCGAGUCUCUGAUGUCGGAGGGGAACAAAUCCCGCACGGUGGCGGCCACGAAUAUGAACGAAGAGAGCAGCCGGUCCCACGCCGUCUUCAACAUCAUCCUCACCCACACGCUCAUUGACCUGCAGUCUGGGACCAGUGGAGAGAAGGUGAGCAAGCUCAGCCUGGUGGACCUGGCUGGGAGUGAGCGAGCAGCCAAAACCGGAGCAGCAGGGGAGCGGCUAAAAGAAGGCAGCAACAUCAACAAGUCUCUCAGCACUUUGGGUUUAGUUAUCUCGGCCCUGGCGGACCACGGAGCCGGAAAGAACAAGAGCAAGUUUGUUCCCUACAGAGACUCCGUACUCACCUGGCUGCUCAAGGACAGCCUCGGAGGGAACAGCCGGACCGCCAUGGUCGCCACCAUCAGCCCAGCGGCGGACAACUACGACGAGACGCUGUCCACCCUGCGCUACGCCGACCGGGCCAAGAGCAUCGUCAACCACGCCGUGGUGAACGAAGACCCCAACGCCAGGAUAAUCCGCGAGCUCCGAGAGGAAGUGGAGAAACUGAGGGAGCAGCUCACCGAGGCGGAGUCCAUGAAGGCUCCGGAGCUGAAGGACCGGCUGGAAGAGUCCGAGAAGCUGAUCCAUGAGAUGACGGUCACCUGGGAAGAGAAACUGCGCAAGACCGAAGCUAUCGCACAGGAGCGUCAGAAGCAGUUGGAAAGCCUGGGGAUCUCCCUUCAGUCGUCCGGCAUCAGAGUGGUGGAUGACAAGUGUUUCCUCGUCAACCUCAACGCUGACCCCGCCCUCAACGAGCUCUUGGUCUACUACCUUAAGGAUCACACGCGUGUGGGCUCGGCCAACUCGCAGGACAUCCAGCUGUGCGGGAUGGCCAUCCAGGCAGAGCACUGUGUCAUCGACAUAGCGGAGAACAGUGGAGUGAUGCUUACUCCCCACCGUGGCGCUCGGACAUGUGUGAACGGCACAGCGGUCAGCAGUCCGGUGCAGCUUCAUCACGGUGACAGAAUCCUGUGGGGAAACAACCACUUCUUCAGGAUCAACCUGCCCCGACAAAGAGGCCGAGCGGCAGGCGAGGACGAGGGCGGCGGCGCCAUGAAGAAGGGCCUCAGCGCCGACCAGCUGGAGGUGGACCUGGAUGCCGUCAGCGACGUUUCCAGCGAGCUGAGCUUCGGCUACGAGUUCGCCCAGACUGAGGUCAUGAUGAAGGGGAUGAACACCAACGACCCCCUGCAGUCGGUGCUGCAGACCCUGGAGAGGCAGCACGAGGAGGAGAAGCGCUGCGCUCUGGAGCGACAGAGGCUGCUGUACGAGCAGGAGCUGCAGCAGCUCCGCCAGCGACUCACCCCAGAGAAAGCCGCCCACUUCCCAGACGCCUCGGCCCUCCCGGGCGGGGGCGGCGCCGCUUCCGCGACGGCGUCUGGACCCCACAAACGUCUGCGGCGCUGGAGUGAAGACAGAGAAGCGAUGAUGACCCGCAGCCUGCGGCGUCUAAGGGAGCAGAUAGUUCGGGCCAAUCUGAUGGCUCAGGAGGCCAGCUUCCUCGCCGAGGAGCUCAACAAGAGGACAGAGUACCUGGUGACCCUACAGAUACCCGCCGCCAACCUAGACGCUAACAGGAAGCGGGACGCCGCCUUGAGCGAGCCGGCCAUCCAGGUCCGCAGGAAGGGUAAAGGGAAGCAGAUCUGGGAUCUGGAGAAGCUGGAAAACCGGCUGGUGGACAUGAAGGAGCUCUACCAGGAGUGGAAGGUCUUGGAUGAGGACAGUCCUAUGCUGCACUACUUCAAGCGAGCCGACCCGUUCUUUGACGAGCAGGAGAACCACAGUCUGAUUGGUGUGGCCAAUGUUUUUCUGGCCUGCUUGUUCUACGACGUCAAACUACAGUACGCAGUGCCCAUCAUCAACCAGAAAGGAGAGGUGGCCGGCCGUCUACAUGUAGAAGUGUGGCGAGGCACAGAGAGCUCCGAGGACGGCAGCGCCGCACAUCCUGACGCCCUGCUGAGCGACGCCAACGGAGAAGUUCAGGAGCGCAGACUGAACUGUGUGGUGAAAAUCCUCCAGGCCACCGGUCUUCCUCGCCACCUGUCUAACUUCGUCUUCUGCCAGUAUCACUUCUGGGGGCUGGAGAAGCCGGUGUUCGUGGCUCCAGAGGUGGCAUCGUCCAGCACGUCGUCCGCUUCCAAAGACCCUCAGUGUACCGUGGUCUUUGACGGCACCAAGGAGGUAUCUGUUCCGGCGUCAGAGGACUUGCUGGAGUUCCUGGCUGACGGGGCGGUGGCCAUCGAGGUUUACGGGCACAAACAGGCCAACCACCGCAGGAACCUGGCGCUGUGGGACCUGGGAGUGAUUCAAGCCAAGACCAGAUCCCUUAGAGAGAGGUGGAGCGAGGUGACCCGGCGGCUGGAGCUGUGGGUGCAGCUGCUGGAGCUGAACGAGGCGGGAGACUUCGCCGCCGUAGAGGUUCUCCCUGCCAAGGACGUCCGCACCGGCGGAGUCUUCCAGCUCAAACAGGGCCAGUCCCAUCGGAUGCGGGUGGAGGUGCGGCCGGUGCCAGACUCGGGCACCAUGCCCCUCAUCGCAGCCUCCAUCCUGGCCGUAUCAGUCGGGGAUGUAAAAGUCCGCCAGGUGCACGUCUCCAAGAACAGCCCCCAUGUGGACGAAGGUGAAGACAUGGACAGCUAUCAAGAGGCGGACCUGGAGAGGAUGAGGGAGCAGUGGCUGAUCACGCUCACUGAGAGGCAGGAGUUCCUGGACCAGCAGCUGCAGAAGAUCGUCUCCAAACCAGACAAGUCAGAGGACGACGUUGAGAGGGAAUCCCAGAUGCUGGAGUGUCGUCUGACCCUCACAGAGGAGCGCAACGCCGUGCUCGUCCCAUCGGCUGGAAGCGGCAUCCCCGGAGCACCAGUAGAGAGGGUUCCGGUCCCAGGAAUGGAAACCCAUAUUCCUGUUCUGUUCCUGGAUCUCAAUGCGGACGACUUCCAGUCCAGCUUGUCGGCGCCGCUGGCCGGGGGGCUCGACGCGCUGCUCAGCGGGGAAGACGAGGACGACUUCUUUGACCUUCAGAUUGUUAAACACUUCGAUCCCGAGGUGAAGGCGGAGGCGUCCUGGGACUCCACGGUCCACGAGUGUCCUCAGCUCAGCCGCGCGGCGUCGCCCGAGCAGAGGGUCUACCUGACGGUCCGCAUCGUCGUGGAGCUGAGCCACCCGGCCCACAUGCAGCUGGUCCUCAGGAAGCGCAUCUGCGUCAACGUCACAGGGAAGCAGGGUUUCGCUCAGAGCCUCCUGAAGAGGAUGUCCCAGCGCAGCACCAUCCCUGGCUGUGGAGUCACCUUCGAGAUCGUCUCUAACAUCCCGGGAGACAUCCACGGCCCAGAGGACAGGGAGAUGCUGGCCCGGCUGGCCGCCAGCGCCGAGGACGAGCAGUCGGCAGACAGCGAGGCGGCCAUAGAGAAGUACCUGCGCAGCGUCCUGGCCGUGGAGAACAUCCUCACCCUGGAUCGGCUCAGACAGGAAGUGGCGGUGAGGGAGCAGGUGGCGGUCCGAGGGAACGCCGCAAGACGCUGCCUGAGCUCUCCGAACGUAAACCGGCUGUCAGCCAGCAGUCUGGACCUCUACUCCUCCACUCAUAGGCUCGCUUACUGCAAGGGUUGGGAGAGCCAUCAGGACCUCUCAGCGGUGAAUCCUCCAUCCAGACGCACGCUGGCCAGCUCUGUGUCCCACAACCUGAACACGGAGACGGAGCAUUCAGGCUUUGCUGCGUCCUAUCUCUCUCCAGUGAAGGCCGUCCCCAAGCUGCUGAAGUCCAUGCUUCCCGGCGGGAAGGAGGACAGGGAGCAGGCAGCCGUCCAUCAGCAGUUGCAGAGUCUUCCCCGCAUCAUGGUGCAGUCGGCCAGUGUUGAAGAGGACAUGUGCAAACACCAGCAGCCGGUUCCCAUUGAGGAAAUCGGUCCCGAAGAUGUCCAAACGGAGAUCACCAGAUCUGUCCCCCUUCCACCUCCAAUCAUCCCAAAGACGGAAGAGUCCAGCUAUGGCUCAGCAAGCAGCGCCUCCAGUGGAUACCUGUCUAACCUAUCCACUGCGCGGCACUCCGACGUCUACACACUGAGCUGGGACCUGCCAGUACCAGAGGAAGGGGAGGAAGAUGAUCCAGUGGCGGAGGAGUUCUCAGCUGAGAAGUUAGGUUUGGCUAAAGAGGCAGCUGGCCCAAGUACUGACCAGAGUUCAUUCAAACAAAAGGAGACUCUGUCAGAGUCAGAUUUUAGCGAACAGGAGCCAAAUGUAUCUCAGCUGGUUGAUGUAAAGGGUAAAGAAGAAGCUGCUGCAAGUACAGAAGCCCCGUUAGCAAACCAGGCUAAACAAAACCAAGACUCAACGACUGAUAGUACUGGACUGGAACGAUCAAACAGUUUAGAGAAUCACACCGAUUCAGGGGCAGAACAAAACAAAGAAUAUGAACAAGAUGUCCAGCAACUAGAUGCUUCUGGACUCCAAGGUUCCUCAACAGAACAUCUUGAUGUUACUGCUGCAGACGAGCACAACGGUGAGCCAUUACUCACCAGUAAAGCCCAAGCAUCUGACCAACAGGGGGAAAGUCCGGCGGAAUCUGCAGCUCCACAGAACCAGGACCAAGACCUGGCACUUUCUGACAGUAUUCAAGAUCCAGCUCCAAAUGUGACCCAAACUCCAGCGUCUCAACCAAGUGAAGAUGCUAGGCUUAAAGAUUUACCCCAAGAAGGAUCAUCGCCAGAACCUUCAGAUACAAACAGCACCCUCAUCCAACCCUUGGCCACAGCUGAGGUAGGUCCGACUCAGACACCAACUCCUGAUUGUUCCACUAAAGCUGCCACCGGUGCCACUCAGCCCUCCAAGUCCAGUUCGACAGCCGUCAACCCCUUCAAGAUCCAGAAAGUCAAGUCUUCAGAAAUUAGGUCUUUCCAGCAGAUUGUGAGUGAAGAAGGGGGUAAACCAGCACAGAUGGGACAUGCCGGCAGCCUCGGGUCAGGACUCAGUCUCUCGGUACCAGCAGAGAGCCUGGAAAGUAUCUCCGACUUAGAGGAGGGGGAUGAAGCAGCUUCCGACAUUCUUCCUGACUGGUUGAAAGAAGGGGAGUUUGUGACUGUGGGGACCAAUAAGAGCGGGACGGUGCGUUACUUGGGCCCCACAGAUUUCGCAGCAGGUACCUGGGUUGGAGUUGAACUGGAGGUACCGGCAGGAAAGAAUGAUGGCUCGGUGGGUGGGAAGCACUAUUUUCACUGCAACCCUGGUUACGGAGUGCUUGUAAGGCCUGACAGAAUUAGCCGCGGUGGGGCCAAACGCCGUCGCCAGCAGCAAAAGAGGCGUAGUGCCAACCUAUCCGGAUCCAAUCCAAACCUGGCAGCUCUCACUGCCCUGGCAAAAGGUGAGACCGGAGGAUCCGGCCGCGGCAGAGGAGAGAACCGCAAAUCAUGGAACACCUGAAAGACAUGCUGGUUUGAUGUGUGAGGGAAGUUUUAAUAGGGUUCAGUAUCUAGCCAUUCGCUGUGAGAGCUUCUGUGUAAAAAGCUGCUAUCACUUCACUGACAAAUAUUGAAUGUUUUAUCAAAAUGGAAAUGUUUAAAGUGGAGAUUUGCAAAAAAGUAUUUAUUCUAGAGACUUGAAAAACCUCCGAAAAAUUCUCAGAACUGUUGUAGUGUUGUGAGUUCCUGCCAUAACAGUGGGGUACAAGGAUUGAACUGAAGAUGGCAGAAACGUUGAGAAAACCUGCAGAACUCCUCACUUUAGCACAGGGCUGAAUCUUUAAUACUCUAGACACACUACAUGGAUGACUAAUUCCAACUUUAAUGCAAUUUUUUUUAAUUCGCUUCCUUGUCUUUUAACAAUAUUACACUAUUUGCCGAUGACAUUUGUAUAUUUGGAGCAUGUGAGUGGAUACUGCAAAUUCUUUCUUGUGCCUUGACUACUGCUCAUCACGUGUGCCUUGAUCUUGUAGAACCAAAAUGUGUCCUGCUGGAACUCGAUGAGAUGGUUCUGGUGUUUCUACUUUUACGCAGAUUUGCACUCCAAUUACAAAACUAAUAAUGCAUCUACUUUAAAUGGGUUUAAUUUCUGCCAAGCGUGUGUUAAUUCCUUUAAACUUUUUUUGUGUGUAUGAAGAUGCCUGGAGUGGGGAAUUUAGGAAAAUUGUCUAGUUCAUAAAUUUUUUUUUUUUUUUAUACGUACGCAUUUAAGCGACUUAAUCUGACUACUUUUGAUUUCUUAUUUAUUUGAAAAUAAAGAUAUUGAUAUUAAA